UUUUAGCAUUGGCUCCGCACUGCUGUCAGACGUUGAGGUUUCUUUUCCUGCAGAUGCUUUCCUUCGUCUCGACGCUCGUGUCUGUGCGUGAAUUGGAGAAGAGAAGCCACAGCAGAGCAACGACCCAAAGGUCGAGACUUCAGCCACACUUUCUUUUGGCUGCAGAGCAACGAAUUGGAGAGACAGCCCCACACACACACACUGCCGACUUCAAACAUCAAUCACUUGCUGCAUUUUACCGUCGAGGCCGAAAGAAGGCGUUUGAAGGCAAAAGGGAGAGUGAAUAACCAGAGGGCAAAGGUUGAUUGAUGGAGCCACAAAAGGGAAUUACAGCGUGGCAGUCCUUCCGAGAGAAAACCAGACCUUUUCUGCCAAAUUUGAGGAAACGGAAAGAUGGAAAAAAACAACUCUUGGACCAGCGGCUGAGUUUUUCAGAGCCGGACAUGGUGCAAGUGGGCACUGCCAAUGCUGAAGAUAGCUCCAAUUCUGCUGUGUCAAGCUCCAAUGUUACUUACUUCAGCAGCCCAUCUACUCCGUUGAAGAAACCCAUUGACAACAAUGAGCAAACAGAGCCUAAGGAAACUGCCAACAUUGCGUCAGAGGCAUCUUUUCAUACAGAAAUGUGCUGCAGUGAAAAAUUCCAAAGUACUGAGUUACCAGUGGUUGUCAAGGAAUCCAGUAAAACGUGUGCUGAGGGCACUUUGUGCAAUGACUUGUGUGGUGGGACAAUGGGAGAGAAAUAUGAGGAGGAUCUCAGUGAAAGCACUGACCUGGAGUCUUCUCAGAGUUCACAAAUCUUCGAAGAACAGACAUGUGGACAAAAUGAAGGGAAAAGCAGUGAUUCAUCAUCAAGAUUAAUUCAUAGCCCCUCAUACCUUUUGACCAUUAAUCUGAUAGAAGGACGGAACCUGGUAAUCCGCGAUCGUUGUGGAACAAGUGAUCCUUAUGUCAAGUUCAAACUGGCUGGGAAAACAUUGUUCAAGAGUAGGAUCAUAUACAAAAACCUGAACCCUCGAUGGGAUGAGACUUUCACAGUUCCAGUAAGGAACUUGAAUCAAAAGCUUUACAUCAAGGUAUAUGACCGUGACUUGACCUCGGAUGAUUUCAUGGGUUCUGCAUAUCUUAGUCUGAGUGAUCUUGAAGUAAACAGAUUUCUACAAAAGGAGUUGCAGCUGGAUGACCCAAACAGCCUGGAAGACUACAUGGGCGUGAUUGUCUUACAGAUAACUCUUUCCCCAAAGCCAAGUGAAAGCAGCACAAAUGCGAGUUUGGUCAGGAAGAAGCAACUCACCGGCACAAAGUCAAGCUUCGUCCGGUUGUCGGAAUCCUUUCGGAAGAGUCAGUGGUGCUCCGAGGUUGUCACCAUCUCCCUGCUUGCUGGGAAAGUGAUCAAAGAGGAAGGAGUGGAAAAACUGUACGUCAAGUUCAAGCUGGGGGAAGAAAGAUACAAAAGCAAGAUGGUUUACAGGAGCACUAAUCCUCAGUGGAGAGAGAGAUUUGAUUUUCAUCUGUUCAACGAAAAGAAAAAUGUGUUAGAAGCUGAGGUCUGUGGGACCGACAGCAAGAACUGGGAAGAAUGCAUUGGAACGUGCAAGGUUGACCUUGUGAUGCUACCUAAAGGUCAAAUAAAUCACUUGGAGCUGCCUCUGGAGAACGAACAGGGCUCUCUGCUUUUGCUGGUCACGCUCAAAGUCUUCACAGGAAUUGCCAUCUCUGAUCUCUGUGCCAGUCCACUGGAUGAUGUAAAUGAGAGAAAACAGAUCAUUCAGAGUUACAGCCUGAGAAGAACAUUUGAGGAUCUAAAUGACAUUGGCUUUCUACAAGUACAAGUGAUUAAGGCUUGUAACCUGCUGGCAGCAGAUUUUGCGGGAAAGAGUGAUCCGUUCUGUGUUCUGGAACUGGGGAAGCAUAGGCAACAGACCCACACAGUGUAUAAAAACCUUAAUCCUGAAUGGAAUAAAAUCUUCACAUUUAAUAUUGGGGACAUUCAUGACAUACUGGAAGUAACAAUCUUUGAUGAAGAUGGGGACAAGCCACCAGACUUCCUUGGCAAGGUUGCGAUCCCUUUGCUUUCUAUCAGAAAUGGUCAGCAGAUCGCAUGUGUCCUGAAGAACAGAAAGUUGGGACAACGCAUGAAAGGAGUUAUUUACUUGAAGUUGGAUCUAGUCUAUAACUUGAUGAAAGCAAGCCUCAAAACCUUCAAACCAAAAGAGCAUAAGAUCCAAGAAGAAAACCUCAAAUUUUCAAAAAAGAUGUUAAUGAGGAAUGUUAGGCGUGUUCGGAACCUCACUAUGGCAGUAUGGAACACUGUACAAUAUAUCAACAGCUGCUUUGAGUGGGAAUCUGUACAAAGGAGUGUGAUAGCCUUUCUGUUGUAUAUGACUAUCGUCUGGAUCUUAGAGUGCUACAUGGUGCCAUUUGCACUCUUGAUGCUUUUUGCCUGGAACUACAUUCAGCUAGCCAGAGGGAAGAUUGUCAGCAAUCAGUACUUGGAGGAUGAAGAAUCUGAUAUUGACGAUGAUGAAGAUGAAGAUGAAAAGGACUUGGAGAAGAAGGGAUUAAUAGAUAAAAUUCACAUGGUUCAAGAUAUUGUCAUCUCAGGACAAAACAUUCUAGAUACAAUAGCAUCAUUUGGAGAGAGAAUCAAAAAUGUCUUUAUCUGGUCAGUACCUUUCCUGUCCAAGCUCGCCUGUUUUGUGCUCGCUAUUUGCACAAUUGUAUUGUAUUUUGUUCCGGUGAGGUACCUCCUGUUGAUCUGGGGCAUGCACAAAUUCACUAAGAAGCUAAGAAAUCCCUACACCAUCGAUAAUAAUGAGUUGCUUGACUUCAUCUCCAGAGUUCCAUCAGACAUCCAAAAGGUGCAAUACACUGAACUGAGACCGAGUAAUGGGAUCAGCCCUCUUAGGAAGAAGAAAAGCAAUUCAUAGCUCGCUUGCCAGAUGAAUCGCUGUUGCUUCCAGUGGUCUGGGGAAGAUACCACUUCAAAGAGUACCCAUCUACAAUUUCCCAGUUUAGAAAGUACCAUCUAUCGUGGCACCAUCUUAAUCAGCCAGGUUUAAAAGUGACUCUAUACCAGCGGAAAGAUGUGCAAUACUCUACGUUGAACAUGCACAAUCUGCACACAAGUUGAAUGUAACAUUUUCAAGAUAUUAAGAUCCUUUAGCACUAUAAUGUAUAUAUUGUAUUUUAUAAGAAUUUUUCUCCUAUGUCAUCUUUUCUUUUUCCAUUCGCACUUUUACAUCAUGAAAUUAGUUCUGUUUCAUUUAAAAAUACAAGUGAACUUCUUUUCUUUUUUCAUUUACUGAGUACAUUGUUGCCUUCAUACUUAUCAAUCUCUCACAUCCCGUUCAAGACGUUACAGACAGUUUUUGUUGCAAUUCUUAAAGAGUUACAUAGUUUAUUUACUAUCCUGAUGGUGAAUACUGUGCGAUUAUGUUAAAUUGUGAUCAUUUAGAAACAAUUAAAUGGACAAUAUAUUCUGACACCUUAAUGAUUAACUUCAUGUUGAGAAGUUACAGAGAGGAUCAAUGCUGAGGUUAGGGGCAAAUAUGGAAAUGAAUAUGAUACAAAAAGUUGUAAAAUUGCAAUGCAUUGUUAAAGAGGUAGAAAAAUGCUAUAGAAAGUUAGGUUUCAUUUGUAUUUUUGAAUUAAUUUGCUAUCGAGCUUUCUUAGUGCUGCUCUUUCUCAGAGUCUUAAAAAAAAACUAAAUUUGGUUGAUUACCAAUACUCUCAUUUUAAUGUCAGUAAUUUUUGAGAUAUUGUAACCUUUUGUAUCAACGUCUCAUAAUGCCUUUGCUGUUAAACAUUUUAUCAAUGUUGUCAAUCAUAGUGACAUCGAUCUGUAGUUAACGCCUCUGUUUCACAUUGAAUCAGAUACGGAUUAAAGUGCCAAACGGCCGUGAUUUUUUAUUUGCUGUUCGUUUGCAUUAUAACCAUUUUUGAUGUUUGCUCUCAAGGUCUCAGGUGCUAGGAGAAAGUUUGGUUUGUAUGUUAUCACAAGUGAGGUUUUCUAAGAAAACUGUGAUAUCUUUGAGGGUUCCUGAUCCUAAAUGUAAAAUGUCAGCUGCUGUGAUAGGAAUAUAGCAGGAUGAUGUGCCUGAGUGUGUGUGUGUGUGUGUAUCUCCAAUCCCUGACUAGAAUCUUUGGAUUACACCCCUCCAGUCCUAUUCUAACUCAGCAUAAACCUUUAUUUCAAAAUGUUUCCCUGAACCAACUUAAUAAAUUUCAGGUUUAAUCCUGUUUUGGGGGGAAAAAAAGCUUUAGAACUAGGUGCAGGUUUGGACUUGCUGCAAAUAUAUUUAAUAAAAUGGCAAUGUUUCUGUUUUAUGCAAUCUGUGCUUGAACAGCAAAGCUGUUUCUUGCAGCUUCCUGGCCUGCUUUCAGCUCCACACCUUGUCAGGAGAAGCAGGAGAAUUCCACUUCAGCACUUCCAGGAGGGAUUAGCCCAUUGUUGGGCAGCUUGGCAAAUUCGAGAGUCUUCUCCCUUCCCUAUUUGGUGGGACUCGACUUGGUGACUCGAGGUAUUUAUCAAAAUGGAUUAACUCUCGCUACUUUGGCUGUGCAAGGUGUGCUCUUUGUUCCCAAGCAAAGCAUGUGGAAUAACUGCUGAGCAGUAGCAAGGCAUGUCUCUUGAGGGACAGAGUGCAAACCAGAGAUUGAGGGUCCCUGAACCUCCAAGUGGCCCUGGUCAAGUGCAGCACUGGUUAGCAGCCUGAUCUUUUCCUUGUAGCCCUUUAGUGAACUGAAUGGUGCAUACCAUGGCGGGGGGAAACUAGAGAGGGAGAGAGAAAACUUAGUUUCAAAUUAUAGAAAACAGCAGGUUGUUAAUACUACUCUACAUGUUGUUGUUGGAGGUAUUUCAUCUCAGUCUUAAGAGCUUUGCAGUAUUUUCUGAAGAGCAGGGUUUGCCACGCUUUUUCUGUUCUUCCUUAUGUGCCACACAAAAACAGCUGACUGAGACAUUGUUAGCAUAGUCCAUAGGAAACAAAAACGAUGUAUUCUGCCUAUGAAGGAAAUUCACUUAUAUUUGACAAAAUGACUUUAUUCCGGUGUGUAUCUAUAUUAUUAAAGUCAUUCGAUCAUAAAUAUAUUUUAGAUCACAGCUGUGUUUGUUUCUGUCCUAUUUUAUUUGAUCAUUCCCCUUGCACAAGUGCAGUAAGUACGGUUGUUUAUCACAGCCAGGAGUCUGAGAAUUGCAAGGCUGGCAGAGACCGUCUUCAGAGAGACUGGAAAAGUAAUUCCAUUCAAUCUGGCUGCUGUAUGAUUUGGGUGGCGAUGGUCAAUUGACCUUUGAUAUAAGGAACUAGAAGUAGUAUAACCUCUGGCUUCAUCUUUGAUCAAUAUGCAAAUGUUGGUUUGGUGCUUUUAUUGAUUUUCAUCUGUCUUUUAACUAUGGUCUCACUGAUCUGAUUGCUGGUAGUUUGUAAACUGCAAAGGAUCUGUGAAAACAAUGCAAAUUUAAAGGCUUCCUUGUAUUGUAAUUUCGAUUUUGUUUGCUGGAUUCAGUGCAAAGGUCUGUCCAAAAAUGGGUUUCAGUUCUAACACCAGAAGAAAACACAUCCCUGCCCAUUCCACCAGCAUUCCAUUGAAUACACCAGCAAUCCUUUCUGUUUGUGGUUUUGCUGCUAGAUUAAGGCUAGCUUUAUGUUUAUUCAUAACCACUAAGAAUUAUAUUAAGAUUGCUCAAUUCAUUUUACAUACAGCCACCAGUAUGGUAAAAUGCAUUUAGAUAUAUUUUUGUGCUGUAGAUUGAUGAUAGUAUUAAAAAAUAUGUCUCCACGUCGAAAUUGAUACAACACAUCCCUUUAAAUAAGGUACAUGAAUGUAACCUAUUCAGCCAUUAAAGUAAUUAAACAUCUAUUUUGCCAUUAUAUUAAAGAAACCAAAUGCUUAGAAACUAACUCCUUUCUUUUCUUGAAAUCAUGGACACAAUUUUCCAGCUGGUGAUAUUGAGAUUGGUAAAUUCACUUUCCAUUCAAGUCAGUUUAUCUUUUACCAUUGAUUGUAAAUUUCCCUUCUGUUGGGUCAAUGAAUCGUUUGGGAAUAUGGGGCCAUUGCUGAAACAGGGUGUUACACAGUAAACAGGAGACAAGAUAGAAAGGCCAUAGCCAUUAAUUACAGCCUGGAAUCAGGUCCUCCAUUGAACUUGAUUUCAGUCAUUCGUAGCAUGUAUAAUUUGGGUUUUCAUACCAAAACAUUGGUUUCCUUUUUUUAAAAAAACAGCCCAUCAGCAAAUGUCUUAUGAUUCUUCCAUUGGUUUUCUCCUGCUGGCAAUGGAAGAAAACAGGCAGCAAGUCCACUUGGGCAGAGAUUGAUCUGUUUAGUCUUUAAUUCACAAUUGUAGUUUUGGGUGGCACCAUGUGCAAAAGUAACAGCCGCAUGGUUGUCCACAAAGAGGCAAAACUAAAAUGCUUUGUCUUGACUUUAAGAAUAAUUUCUGCUCUCUGAUCUUUAAGAAGACUAGAACAUAUCUGAAAUAAAUAUUCCACAAUAAAUGCAUCUGAAACUUUUAUAAAUUAUGCAACAUUUGUAUUGAC